AUGGCGUCUCUGGACACGAAAGACAUCGAGGGAGUGCCCAACUGGAAUGCUACGGAUUCCACGGAGAAGCAGCUGGAGGAUGAAAAGGCGCCUCCCUCCCUCGAGAAUGAUCCCUUCGGGGCUGAAGAGAUCGCAGAGGUGAAGUACAAGACCUUGGACUGGUGGUAA